CAGAGUUGCUGUGAUGCUUGGAAUGGGUGGGGAUGCAAGAGGAAAUGGGAUUUGUCUUUUAGAAGGCAUCAAGAGGAGAGCCCUAAUGCAUGGCCUAAGACUCUCCAGGGUAGGUCUCUUUUCCGAACCAAGACUGCUUCUCUGGUGUGCCAGAAAAUCACCAGAUUGGUCUCAGCCAUUUUGGGGGAUAGCAUGUAAGGGGAAUUUCACCUAUGUGAUUGCCAAGAAGUAUCCAAGAGGACAAAAAUUUGAGGAAAAAACAAAACAUGAAGUGCCUGAAUUAUUUUCUUCAAGGCUAGCUGAUUUUGUGAUACCACUCUGGAAGCUGAGCUAUGAAGAGCAACUCAAGGUGAAGUUUGAAGCUCAGAAGAAAAUUUUACAAAGACUAUAGUUUGACCUACAAAUGCUCAAUGGAGUCAAUGGCACAGUAACCAGACCCCAAUCAAAGGGUCUCUGUUGUCUUCUACAUCCUAUUAUAUUCUCUGUAAGCCCUCACCUCCCUAUUCCUUAUUUAUUAAGCCUGUCAUUAAUGGCCACCUUUUCUGUUAACUGAGGCCCAGAUGGUAAUCCGAAGACUGUGGGAUACUACCUAGGAACUUGGAAAGAUGGGAACAUUGUGUGUGUGUGUGUACGGUCUAACCAUCUGAAAAAUAUCCCUGAGAAACAUGAUCAAGUUGCUCAGUACUAUGAAAUAUUCCUUCGACAGUCUCCAAUGGAUCCGUGCCUUGUAUUUCAUGAAGAUGGAUACUGACGUGAGCUGACAGUUUGAACCAAUAGCCAGGGAUACACUAUGGCUAUCAUAACUUUACAUCCCCAAGAAUUAAGUCAGGAGGAGCUCUUUGUUCAGGAGGAGAAUAAGGAAUUCUUCAUCAAAGGCUCCGGAGCAGUUUGCAACUUAACUUCCAUUUAUUUCCAAGAAAGCACCAUGACCCAUUGCAGUCAUCAGCAGUCCCCCUACCAGCUCUUAUUUGGGGAACCCAUCUUUGAAGAUCUUCUAGGCUUGAAGGUCCGCAUUUCUCCAGAUUCCUUUUUCCAGAUUAAUACUGCUGGUGCCAAGGUGCUUUAUCAGACUGUUAGGGAGCUGAGUGGAGAUUCUAAUAUGGUCCUCCUUGAUAUUUGCUGCCUAUGGAAGAUUCUUAUCACCAACUGUGAAUUUCACACCAGGAGAGCAGAGAAGAUUUUACCACGGCUAUUAAAGUCAAAGGAAGAUGGGCAGUCAAUUAUUGCUGUGGUGAACUCAACCUGUGCUGGGUUGUAUUACAAAGUGGUUUGAGCCAUCCAGAACUGCCAGGCUAUCCACACACUAGUUUUUGUUUCCUGCAAGCCUUAUGCUGACACCACAAGGAAUAUCAUCGAGUUGUGCUGUCCUCCAAACUCUGCUAAGAAGCUUCUAGGCGAGCAUUUUGUCCUGAGAGAAGCUGUACCUGUGGAUUUGUUUCCCCACACCUCACACUGGGAGCUGGUGUUCCUCUUCACAUGCUAAGCCACAUUGGAAACUGCAGACUGUUAAAGUUUCAGAAGCUUCCAGCCCGUGAGAUGAGCAGCUUUGCUCCACCAUGUGAUCAUUCCCUGCCAUGAUCUGCCCUGCCACAGGCCAAGA